CUGGUCUCCACACAGAUACAUUAAGCCAGAUAUAAUCCCCCCCCCUCCUCCUCUUGUGCUCCUGUAAAUGGAUUAACAGGGUUCAGGUGAAAGCUGCGCCGAAGGCAAGAAGCAGAAGAGAAAAACGACAACAAGGAGGAGGAAUAGGAGUGUAAACGUGGACUGGAGGACAGGCUGGGGUUUUCUACCUGCAUGGAUCUGAAAGGACUGAAAUGAGACUCUCAAUCAAGACCGGAUUUAAGGCUCUGCAGGUUCAAUAACCAAUCCAUCUUUUCUUCAUUUACCCAUCCUCCUGCUCAACCCUGUGUCCUCACAAUCCUCCCUUCAAACUAAAUACCAACUGAACUGCUGCUGCUGGAGCUGACAUGAACCUGCUGCUGCUCACCUGUUCAACUCGUUCAUCACCUCGCCGUGAUCUGAGCUCAGUGCUGAGCGUUCUUGACUCUGGUUUCCUCUCUCUGACGGCUGCUACGUCUCCUUCAUUUCAUUGAACCUCUGAGUUUGAUUUGUUGGAGUUCAGCCUUAUUGUGAUUGAACCCGAUUUUAAUCCCAUCAGCUAUAAUUUAGCCGAGCCUGACUGUCACAGGGCAACGAGUUUAGCCGUGACUGAGCCCAGUUGGAAGUUGUCCUGUCUUAAUUUAGAUGACUUAUAAAUAGGUGAGAUCAGUUUUAAAUAGUCAGCAUGGACAUUUGUCAUAUACUGAGGUUGGUGUUUGCUAACAUCUAAAGCUUUAUUAUAACAACAUCAGAGUUUCAUUUGAGCAUAUUUGACUUCAUCGGAGCCACUAACUAAAGCUCCAUAAACACAAACAUUCGUCUCCUGCGAUGGACCCCGGCGUUGAGGAUGUGUUUCUGGACAAUGAAGAGCCGAGCUCUGCGAAAGGAGAGGAGGAAGAGAGUGAGGGAGAGGAGAGCGGGGAGGAAGACAGCGGAGGAGAGGAGCAAGAUGCCAAGAUCUUUAACGCCUGGAUGCAGAGAUACAGAGGAGGGUCCCAGCAGGAGAAAAUAGGAGAAGAAGAAGAAGAAGAAGAAGAGGGAGAAGUGGACGGAGAGCUAGAAGGGGGGAGGAGUGAGAGCAGGAACAGCCUGGAGCCCACAGCCCGGAAGAGGAUGGACCGCCGAGCAUCAUUACCAUGUCCGGUAAGAGAAACCAAAAACACAGCUGAUCAACCUUGGAGCAUGCUCAGUAUAAACCCUCAGAUAACAAACUCUGUGAAGGAUUGGAGCCCCUGAAAGCGGCCAUGUUUGUUUGCUUUUCUGCCCCAGUUGGCUCACGUGGCCUGACUCAGCAGUGCUGAUCCUGCAGCUCAUUUACUGCCAACUAUCUCAGUUCACUAAACCCAGUCUGACCAGUUCACUCCAGUUUGAUACUCCACUUUAUAACCAACAACCCAUAUCUUUGAGGGAUCCAGAGUUCCUGAUCAGAGACACUCAGAUGCUGGAGAGAGUUCAUCUUCUGCAUGGAGGAAAAGUCUCCUCAGCUUUGGGCCUCACUCCAGGCCUUCAGGAUCCAUUUUUAGCUGCAGGCUUAGAGCCCUGAGAAGGCGGCUCAGUCAGGUCAGAGCCCUUUUGUCCAGUUGGGUGUUAAAGAGAGGCAUGUUCGCUAAUAAGGAUUUCAACAUGUAGUCUUGUUUAUUUUUGCCCGUGUUGACGGGCAGGUUUGCUCGGUGAAUCAGUCUUUGAUUGAUCAGUCAUUAAACUCUUCACUGAUCAAUUACAAGAGCAGGAGUUUACAGGAUGAGUUCAGGGAACCUUUGAAACCCAGACAUUGAUUUCAGACCGAAACUAGACCAGUUUCAACAGUUUACUGUUCUUCUCUUUGUCCGUCCAGAAUACUCUCUGCGCCAUGCAGCUGUCUCGCCUCCACUCGUCCACUCAGGCCCCCGUCACCGCCAGAGUCCUACUCCGCCGCACCUCCUCCAGACGCCUCGUCCCCUCGCCACAGGAGUCCACUGCACCCUCCAUCCCAGAGAGGAGACCCUCCCUCAUCCCACCCACAAUCCCUGAGGUCAUAGCGCCCGAGAGACGAAGCACGUUUAGGAGGCGCAACGUCAUGUCUUUGGUGGGUAAAAUGAUCAUCUUAGGUAAUCAGGGAAUCAUCACAUCAAAUGGUGCAAAAAGGUUUUGGUCAUUAAAGGAUCUCUUUAGGUCCCUACUUAGGCAUGUGAGGGACAAGAUAAGCCAAAGUCACUCAAACAACGUUCCUUACAGGAGCUUUAAGGUCUGAUGUGUUUUGAAUCGUAUUAAAAUCUUUGUGUUGCAGAGCGAUGCGUAUAGUGUGUGUCUGAUCUGUCACAACGACCUGAAUAAAGGAAACGGAGGCACCAGAGAGCUGCAGUGCACACACACCUUCCACAAAGAGGUAACACUACACACACACACAUUACACAAGUGUCAGCUUUAAAAAGUCAUCAUCCAUAUGUGAUGAUGACUCUCACCGUCUCUCUGCAGUGUAUAGAGGAGUGGUUCUGGAGGAAACAGUCCUGUCCCACCUGUCAUGUUCAGGUGUCCAUACCACAGCCCGUCUACUGGAACUCCACCAGAGUCAAAGUCCCCUAAAAACCACCAGACAGAGAGCGCUACAGCAUCGAACUUACCUCCAAAGUAAGAAAUCGGGCUGUGAGAUUGCCAGUGGUCCCUCAUUCUUCUGUUCAGAACUAAGGGACCUUCAUAUAUAUACAUAUAACUGAUAUAUAGUCUGGUAUUUUUUUUUCAUAAAUGCAGCUGAUUUACUGAAUGUAAACUCCAAACACUUUCAUACUGUGAACAUUUAAGAACAAACAUGAACGGCCAAGUCUGUGCAACCACAGUUACCUCAUUUGUGUGUGUUUGAGUGUGUGUGAGCCUGAGAGGUUACAACAAAUACUUCACAAAUCUAUUUGUACAAAUUAAACAGUGUUGUAACGACGGACAAUAAAGUUUGAUUCAGAAAGCAAGAAAAAAAGUAUUUGUUUUUGCAAAGAGGUCAAAGGCUGUAAAUAAUUGUACAAGCUAU